AUGGACGAUACCACCGCAAAAGCCCUUGGAGACAGAUUAUACGAGAAAAGACGGUCUGCGGCGCUUUCUGUUGAAAAAAUGGUGCGGCAAUUGCUUGCCCAAAACACCACUGAGGCCAAAGACCAAAUCUCCAAAAUCAUCGACCAGCUUUGUCAGGAUUACGCCUAUGCCGUACAUCAACCGAAUGCCAGAAACGGAGGGUCCAUUGGGCUUGCGGCAGUGGCGAUUGCCUUGGGAUCCAACCACAUUGCCAUCUAUUUGGACAGAAUCAUCAUGCCAGUAUUGGCGUGCUUUAGCGACCAAGCGGCCCAAGUGAGGUACUAUGCGUGUGAAGCAUUGUACAACAUUGCCAAAGUGGCCAAGGGAGAGAUCUUGGUGUAUUUUAACGAUAUCUUCGAUGUGUUGUGUAGGCUAUUUGCUGAUUCGGAAAACAGUAUUAAAAACGGCGCGAAUUUGUUCAAUCGUUUGAUUAAGGACAUCGUUCAUGAAAAAGCCGCCACCUACGUUUCGGUGAUCCAUGCCAAUAAUAAUGACGAUUCGUAUUUAGUGGAAUCACAUCAUUUGGACAGCGAUGGGUAUUACUCACAAUAUAAUUCCCGGCAAUCCAAUACCGCGUUCUCGUUGCCGAAAUUCAUCCCGGUGUUGAAAGAACGACUCUUCACUAAUAAUCCGUAUACCAGGUUGUUUUUGGUGGACUGGAUCAUGUUAUUGAAUUCUGUUCCCGAUUUGGAAUUGAUCAGCUUUUUGCCAAACUUCUUGGGUGGGUUAUUAGGUUUCUUAACCGACCAAAAAAAAGAUGUCCGGAUCAUCACUAACAAAUGUUUGUCGAAAUUUCUUGAAGAAAUUAAACGAAUUGUCGAGACAAAGAAAGUAGUAGAACAGCACAGAUUAUUGCGGUUGGAAAAAGCCCAACAACAGAAACAUUUGGAACAGUUUAAAAAACUGCACAAGCGGAUCCAUAGUAUCGAUUCCGCCAAUAGCGUUCAUCCAGAAUCGUUCAACCAUGAGAUGUCAUUAUUAAAGAUUAAAGACGAAAAUAAGAAUACCGAUGAAAGUGAAGGGAAUAUUGAGGAUGAUGAAGAUAGUGGUGAUUCUUCGAAGUUAAAAAAUGAUGUAGUCGAGGAUAAGAAUGAUCAUGAUGAUGAUACUGAUAAAUCAGAUGAAGACAGUGAAUUCGAAGAAUCCGAAGAUGAAUCGGGAAGUAUGGUGGGUGAUUCUUAUUAUAAUGAUAGUGAGGGUCCGCUUUACCUCCCAUUGCAGGAUGUCCAAUUAAAUUUUGCGGAAAUUAUUAGGAUAUUGAUUGCUAAUUUGGACAAUAAGAAUGAAGAGGUCCAAUCAGUGGUACUCAAUUGGAUCGAAACUUUACUUGAUAUUACCCCUACUAGUUUCAUCCCAUUAAUUUGUGGGUUAUUGGAAACUCUCGUGAUGAUUUUAUCCUCGGGUGAUUCGGUAAAACAGAUCAAGGAAAAGGCCAAGGCAAUCGAUAGGAAAUUGGUCGAACUCAUCUAUCUUUAUUUAGAUCUUACUGAAAUUCACAGCGAAGAUAACAACAACAAUGAUUCAAAACCUCUUACUUCUUCUUCUUGUCCUACUCCUCCCGUCACUGCUCCCGAUGUUUCAUCUUCAUCGGCGCCGCCUCCUCCAUCUAUUCCCCCAGCAACUGCCACUCUCCCACGUUCUGCUUCUUUCUCGUCGUCGUCUUCUUCACCAUCUUCUUUGCCUCCUACUGCUUCCACUGCUGUAGCACCUUUGACCAUCACCAAAGAUUCCAAACCUAAAUUCGGGUUUUCUGAUAAACUUAUCUAUCCAAGUGAUUCGAAGAAAAAACCUAUCCCGACUCAAGAUGGAAAUUCCAUAUAUAAUUCUUUGGUCAAUAUCAUCACCAGUAAUUUACUCAAUGUUGACGAAUCCACCAAACUCCUUUUACUCGAUUGGUUGAUCAUGUUACACAAGAAAUCGGCAAAACUUUUUGUCUCCAAUUCACUAAGUAAGACUUUCCAAAUCUUACUUAAGAGUUUAUGUGGGGAAUCUGCGGCGGCGGUUGACAAGGAUUUGAUCUUGAUUUCGGAAAUUUCCACCAGUGCCAAUGACUCGCUAUUCUAUCAAUUAAUGUUAGAUCUUGUGGGACUUUUCAAGAAUGAUCGGAAAUUAUUAGAAGGUAAAGGGAACUUCAUCAUUAGGAAACUUUGUGUGAAUUUAAAUUCCGAGCGAAUUUAUAAAUCAUUGGCCCAUGUGUUAUUCGAUAUCGAUCACAACACUGUUGUCAAUAACAAAACCCUUAAAAACAAUUUGGGAUUUAUCAGCAUCAUGAUCCAGAUCCUCAAUAGUAAUUUGAUUACCGCUCCGGAAUUGUCAGCAUUACGUAGCAAGUUACGCAACCUUAACACCAAAGAAGAUUGGCAACUUUUCUCUACCUUAUUUAAAUGCUGGUCAUAUAAUUCCCCUGCAUGUUUAUCGUUAUGUUUGUUAUCCCAGAAUUACGAAAUGGCGUAUAAUUUGUUGAGGAUUUUUGAGGAUUUUGAAAUCACCGUGAAUUUAUUGAUUCAAUUAGAUAUUCUUGUACAAUUACUCGAGAGUCCGGUGUUUGUGAAACUUCGGUUACAACUUCUUGAGCCUGAUAAGUACCCGUACUUGCUCAAAUGUCUUUACGGGAUCUUAAUGCUUUUGCCACAAUCCAAUGCCUUCAAUACUUUACAAAGGAGAUUGAAUUCGAUCAAUGGGUAUACUAUUAACACUGGAGCACUUCCGGGAGCUACCACAAUGUCGCCAUCGACUUUGGCCACAUCCGCGCUCUCGUCAACUUCAAAGUUGAUCUCUGGUAAAAAGCAAAAGUAUAAUGAUUUGAUCAAGUUAUUCAGAGAAGUGCAGCAGAAACAUGAGAAUGUUCGAUUGGAUAGUAAUUGA